GUCCCUGAUACAUUUCUGUUUUUCCUAUGGCUAGGUGUGCAGUUUAUGAGGAAGUUCACAAGAGAUACCAGGCUACAUGCAAUGCCAUUUCCUGACAACUGCAAGGAGAUGUUUAGUGUCCUUCCUGCCUGCAGUGAAGGAUCAGUGGCCGACACCCUACAUGCUGGUGACAUAACUCUACAAGUGUCUCCUCGUCCACCUAUCAAGAGAGUCGCUCUCGACUGCCUAGAGUCAGCCGCCAUGGCUGAUCUGUACAGCGCGUUAUAUCCAGACCAGGACAUUCACUGCCCGAGGCUGUGCGACAGCUACUCUAAAGUUCUACUAAAUGGUGUUAUGUGUAGAACUACACAAACAGUUGGAGUCAUUGUUUGUUGUCCAGACGGGGAAAGCAGGCCUGCUAAAGUGCAAAGAUUCAUAAGACAUGAUGUCAUUUUCAAAAACUCUAACGAUGGGAAACGACGCAGAAGGACGGAUGAUGUAGCGGAGGUGGAGUGGUUCAACAGUCACCCAGAAAGGCAUUCCCGCUACCCUGCACCACUGGAGGUGUGGUCAACGGACACUUCUUACCGGGCAUAUGUUUUUUUACAGAUAUCAAGGCCCAGUGCAUAUUAGUUAGGUACAGUAAAGUUUAAU